AUGGUGGGACCAGUGGCUGUUCUCCUUCUGUUCCUGCUGCACGGCUCUCUGACAGAACAUGUUUUUCUUGACAGCCAGCGGGCUUCAGAGGUUCUGAUCCGAAUGCGACGAGCCAACCAGAUGUUUGAGGAGCUGAAAAGAGGGAACCUGGAGAGAGAAUGCGUGGAGGAAAUCUGUGACCAUGAAGAGGCCCGAGAGGUGUUCGAACAGACAGACAAAACAGAAGACUUCUGGCAGAAAUAUCAGGACUGCAAAGGAACAACACUGGUACGAACACAAUCCAAUAUCAACUUGGUCCAAGAUUGUAUAAAAGGUACCUGUAUUUCCGGCAAAGGACUCAACUAUGAGGGAAACAUCCAUGUAACUAAAUCUGGUCGGCUCUGUCAAAAAUGGAGUCAAGGCUUCCCACAUCCCAUAAUAAGGGAGUUUAACGCUUCAGAACCAGACAGCAUCCUAAAGGAGAACUACUGUCGGAAUCCAGACGGUCGAGACGAAGGACCCUGGUGUUUCACUCAGGACCCAACAGUCCCAAAGGAGACCUGCAGGGUUCCAAUAUGUGGGGAACACUUUGUUCCACCCACUGCGGCCCCUGCACCAAAAAGGACGGAUGAGUGUGUAAUGGAUGAUGGCGUAGAGUACAUUGGCGACCUGGCUGUCACCCUGGGGGGCCACACGUGCCUGCAAUGGUCCCUGCCGGAAGUCAAGAAGCUGAGCCAGGGCAAGGAGUUUUUACCUGAAGUCAGUCUCGAGGGCAACAAAUGUCGUAACCCGGACGACGACCCAGAGGGCCCAUGGUGCUAUGUGCAGCAAUCUGGGAAUGUGACACUGGAUUACUGCAACAUCCAUCUUUGUGAAGAGCAGCUAAUUGAUUCCGAAUUGCCGGUAGAGUCAGCCGGCCGCGAGCGGUCAGUCCAUGCACCCGCAAAAAAGGCAUUUUUUAACCCUCGCACCUUUGGACAAGGGGAGACUGUGUGUGGAGAGCGGCCCCUGUUUGAAAAGCUGAACAAGGAGGAUGUCACCGAGAAGGAGCUCCUCGAGUCAUAUCGACAACAGCGCAUAGUUGGGGGCACCGACGCCGAGGUGGCCUCUGCGCCAUGGCAGGUGAUGCUAUACAAACGAAGCCCACAGGAGUUACUGUGCGGCGCCAGCCUUAUCAGCAACCAGUGGAUUCUCACAGCCGCCCACUGCAUCCUGUAUCCACCCUGGAACAAGAACUUCACCACCACUGACAUCUUGGUGCGCCUGGGAAAACACAACAGGGCCAAGUUUGAACACAACAUUGAGAAGAUCGUGGCGAUUGACAAAAUCAUUGUCCACUCAAAGUACGACUGGAAGGUGAAUCUGAACCGAGACAUCGCACUACUGCACAUGAGGCGGCCGAUUGUCUUCACCGACCAGAUCCACCCCGUCUGCCUCCCCAACAAGAGGGUGGCCAAAUUACUGAUGAAUGCAGAAUUCAAAGGUCGAGUGACCGGCUGGGGAAACCUAAAGGAAUCCUGGGGCUCGUCUGGGAGAGCUUUACCUUCAGUUCUUCAGCAAAUCCAUCUGCCCAUCGCAGAUCAGAGAACCUGCAAAAGCUCCACCUCUAUCAGGAUCACCGACAACAUGUUCUGCGCUGGAUAUAAACCUGAAGACACAGAGCGAGGUGACGCCUGCGAGGGGGACAGUGGUGGACCAUUUGUGAUGAAGCAUCCAACAGAGAACCGCUGGUACCAGAUUGGCAUCGUGUCAUGGGGUGAAGGCUGCGACCGUGAUGGGAAGUACGGCUUCUUCACGCAUGUUUUCAGGAUGAGCAAGUGGAUGAGGAAAGUCAUUGAGAAAUCUGAUAACGAUGAAUAG